AGUCUUUUCAGUGCAAGUCUGAGAGUCAUUGUGUGCUGAUCCACACUGAAGAGAUUGAUUUUGAGAAUUUUAAAAUGAAGCUUUUUGCAUUGAGCUUUUUGGUUUUUGGUGGAUUUUCUUUGAUUUUUGGAGCUAAUAUUUUAGUACUCGAAGGUCUCCCAUCGCCUAGUCAUCAUGUGCUUUUUAGUGUAGUUAAUAGAGCUCUAGCAGCUCGAGGUCACAAUGUUACAUCAAUUAGUGCGGAUAUUGAUCAAAAGCCCAAAGCAAACCUGACCUACCUACAUCUAGAUCGUGUCUAUGAGACUUUGUACGCUGAUGGAGAUAUUAAUUUAAUUGAUAUUGGAAAAGUUAACCCUUUGAUGACAUUUGUGAUCUUAGCUCAGUUGAUCUUGAAGACUUUCAGCGGUGUCCAGAAAUCAUCAGGCUACAAGCAGUUACUGAACUAUCCUGAUGACUUUGAAGUCGAUCUCGUAAUCUACGACUUCAUUGCUUGUCCUCUACUUCUUGGAUUUAUGCACAAAUUCAACAAUCCACCCUUGAUCGGUUUAACGGGGUACAAUGCAAUCUCUCAGACCAGCACCCUUCUUGGUUCACCCUAUCACUCAGCUUUUGUGCCUCAUCACUGCAGAUUAGACGAUCAAAAUGGCUUCCUAAAGCGCGUAGGAAACUACGUUCUCCACUGGUUAGACUACUUUCUAAGAAAAUACUUCAUCUUGCCUAAGAUUGAAGCUGGACUCCGGAAAGAUCUACCUGAUCUACCUUCACUGGCUCAGCUAGAAGAAACAGCACGCAUAGCUAUGAUAAAUUACCAUCCGGUCUUUGAACCGGCAGAACCUAUGCUUCCAGGCGUAAUUGGUAUUGCAGGACUGCAGAUUAUGGACCCAAAACCCCUUCCUGAAGAUCUGGCAAAGUUAGCUGCAGAUCGGGGAUUUAUCUUCUUCAGUUUAGGCACAAACACACAACCUGAAUGGUUGGGUGAGGAGAGGCUCAGGUAUAUUGUUGAAGCAAUUGGGGAAUUAAAGGAAUUUACGUUCUUCUGGAAAGUCAAAGGGAAACUUGAGAUUCAUCUGCCUACAAAUCUAGUACAACGACCGUGGUUUCCUCAGUCAGAUCUACUUGCUCACCCAAAUGCUAAACUCUUCAUAAGCCAUUGUGGACUCCUUAGUACGCACGAAGCAACCUGGAGGGGUGUCCCAAUACUCGGAGUUCCCAUAAUAUUAGAUCAAUUCAUGAACACUAUCAGAGCUGUCAAGGCUGGCAUGGCCCUUGAAUACGAUAUUAGAAAUGUAAAGAAGGAAACCUUCAAAGCAGCAAUUCUGGAAAUGAUUACAAAUCCAAAGUACAAGGAAAACGCCAUGAUCAGGAGCAAGCUUUUCAGAGAUCAGCCCGAGAAGCCUCUUGAUCGAGCAAUCUGGUGGAUUGAAUACGUUCUCAGGAAUCCCAAUGAGAAUAUUUUCAAGUCUGAAACACUUGAGAUGAAUAUCUUCCAGAGGCAUGAUGUAGAUAUUGUUGUCUUCUUGUUCUCUGUCCUUAUCGUCCUUCUUUACGUAUCCUACAGAAUCACAGUUGCAGUAUUAAGGAAGAUCUGGAGAAGCUUAAUGAGAGACAAAAGGAAGAAAGAUUAAAACAUUUGGAACAAAAAUUGACAAAAGGAAAAUUCAUUUUAUUUAAUCUUGUCUGAGAUUCUUGGGAACAGUGAACUUUCUUAUUUAAUUUCUUAUCUCUUUCUGACUUUAUCUUGUACACAUGCACUGUGAUAAUGCAAUAUGUUAAACCCAUCAGCUUGUUGAGAGAAGAAUUAAGGAGAUAAAUAAUUUGAAAAAUAAAUAACUUCUGGGGAGAAUUUAUUACAUUCUUGCUUUUGUAUAUGUUGAAGAAAGUUAAGAAUGCAAUAAAGGAAUUAAAAUAAAUAAAUAAAGAAAAGGAAAGAAGAAUUUAGAAUUUUAAAA